AUGUUGGCCAAAGUUUUCGUGUACGCCCUCCUCCCCUUCGCUGUUGUCAACGCGGCUCCCAUUGCGCAGCGCGACAUUGCGAGUGCUGCGAGCUCGGUCGUUGGUCACGCAACAUCUGUCGUCGGCUCUCUCUGGGCUGAAGCAACCCAUGGCUUGGCGGCUGGUAUCCUGAGCGCGGAAGCUUCGUCGAUCUACAAGUCUGCGACCUCCGUCCUCGGGACUGCGACAUCUAACGUCCACGUUACCGUGACCACCAUCAGCGGCGCUCCUGUCGUUGAGGUCACAUCCGUCGGAGGCCCCGCGAUCACCCUGGCUACUACACACUCAGGACACCACCACCACUCCAUUCCGGUAGCGACGACGACCUUCGACGGUCACACCUUCGUCGUCCCGUCGAGUGUGUCGCACAGCGGCUCCUGGUCCCAUAAGCACACGGCCAGCGUGUCUUUAUCGCACAGCGGCUCGUCAAGUGUCUCAUCGACUGCCUCGUCAAGCUCGGUCUCAAGUACCUCAACGAGCGCGUUCCCGACGAGCAACGGCGCGCUGGGCAUGCACGCCCUGAGCAUGUCCAAGCCGAUGGUCAUGGGCGCUGUCACGGUGCUCACAAGCCUGCUCGGCGGCGCGUUCAUCGUGCUCUGA